GUGGCCAAUCCUCCAGCACGGUACUCGGGCCAUGACCACUCAGACCUUCCACGAGGCUGUGGAGGCGUCUUUCGACGACAUUGCUGUGCAAGCGGACGGCGCGGCAGAGAAAGCUAUCCUGAAGCCUGGUGUUGAGGGGUUGCAUGUGUUCCUUGAAGGGUGUCGCGCUGAUGGCGCGAGUAGCGGCGUGAGUGCCGAAACGGUUGCAGUGGAGUCGCUGAAGAAGAUGUUCGAGAGCAGGGGUUGGCCUUUCGACAAAUCGUUUGGGAGGGCCGAUUUGACCGCGCUGCUCGAAUCGCUGGGCGAAGCAGGCUCUGGCGGCGAGGAAUUGGCGGAGGACAUUUCCACUUUGGUGGGUGAUCUGCACUCUCGAGCGGCGGCGAAGGAGUUCCCGCUCAUUCGCCCGAUAGAUUUGCGGGCGGAGGACGAGCAGAAUGCCGCCGAGGAAGCCAUGAGUCUCGUGGAAAAGCUGGAUGCUGUGCAGAUUCAGAGCUAUAUUGGUUUUCAGAAACAAGAGUAUUUUAAGAAUAGUCCUGGAGAUCCAGGCACGUCGAUGGACGUGAAGCAUGCGCAGUGGGCACUCAAUUUUUACUACAAGCACGUGCGUGAUUUUCUCGCCAAGCAGUCGCUUGACGCCAGGACAUUUGCUCACCGGUUUUCCCAGUCGACGUUCAUCCCGCUCAUCUCCCCGCAGUCGAUCGGUGACAGGGAGAAGAAGGUUUUCGCUCGUGAUGCCGCGUCGGCAAUGAGGCCAGAAUUGUUGGAGUUGCUGGGCAAGAAUUUGUGCUUAGCUUGGGGUGAGAUGGCUGAAGUUGUCGAACUCAGUGGAGCGGACGCCCAUGAUAGCUUCAGAGAGUUUUUGGAAGAGGACUACUUUCGCAUUGUGCGCGAGACGUGCGAUGCGAAUGCGCACCAGAACGCGGGGGCUGGCUUAG